AUCUGAGGCGCACUGCACCGCCGGGCACCCGGACGCCUCUCCUUCUCUCGGGGGCUGCGUAAGCUUUCGAUUGCCGUCUCCUUGCCGCGCGUCGGAGGGGCCACGCUGGGCGGCGCCGAGGGCGCACGGGGCGCGCUUGGAUGGCCCCGGAAUCGCCCCCAUAAUGUCCGCAUGGGACCCCCGCAGCAGCCACUCUGAAGCUUCGGACCUUACAUUUCUCCUCUCUGGAUUACCGCUCCCGGGAAAUCGCCUGCGCCUCUCUGCCUCCCCCCAGCACCGUCCUCGCUCGACCCCGGAGCAUGGCUUCGGAUCGGCCGGUCCCUGGGGCGGGGGGCUUCUUUGGAGAGCUCCCGAUGUCUUACGCGGCAGCGGCGGCGGCGGCGGCAGCUGCCAACUCGGAUCUUCUUCGGAGACCAAGCUACUGCCACGCUGCCUUCGCCCUCAAGCAGAUCUCCAAGGGUAAGGCUGUGGGCCAGAAAGCUCCACUGUGGCUGCGGGCCCAGUUCCAGGCUCUGCUGUUUACACUAGGUUGCUGGAUCCAACGUCAUUGUGGCAAAGUGCUUUUUGUGGGGCUACUAGUCUUUGGGGCACUGGCUGUUGGGCUGCGAGUAGCCUCCAUCGAGACAGACAUUGAGCAGUUGUGGGUGGAAGAGGGCAGCCGUGUCAGCCAGGAGCUCCAAUAUACAAAGGAAAAGCUAGGAGAAGAGUCUCUCUACACAUCUCAGAUGCUGAUACAAACUCCGAAACAGGAGGGAGAAAAUAUCCUGACCUCAGAAGCCUUGGAAAUGCACCUUGAAGCUGCUCUGGCUGCUAGUAAAGUGCAAGUCUUACUCUAUGGAAAGUCUUGGGAUCUCAACAAAAUAUGCUACAAGUCAGGUGUCCCCAUAAUUGAGAAUGGAAUGAUUGCACGGAUGAUCGAGAAGCUCUUUCCCUGUGUUAUCGUGACCCCACUGGACUGCUUCUGGGAUGGUGCCAAGCUUCAAGGUGGCUCUGCUUACCUUCCAGGCCGAAGGGAUAUCCAGUGGACCAACUUAGACCCCAUUCAAUUGAUGGAGGAGUUGGGUCAGUUUGCUUCAUUAGAAGGAUUCAAGGAGAUGCUGGAUAAGGCAGAGGUUGGCCAGGCCUAUAUGGAGCGCCCUUGUCUUGAUCCCUUUGACCCUGAGUGUCCUACCAGUGCCCCCAACAGCAAAAGCCAGAAGGAACUCGACAUCCCCUCUGAGCUCACAGGUGGCUGCCAUGGCUUCUCCCAAAAAUACAUGCAUUGGCAAGAGGAGCUGAUCCUGGGAGGCACAAUAAAGGAUUCCCAGGGUAAACUGAAGAGAGCUGAAGCCCUGCAGAGCAUGUUCCUGCUAAUGAGUCCACGGCAGCUCUUUGAGCACUACCGGGAUGACUAUGAGAUACAUGACAUCAGCUGGUCUGAAGAGAAGGCAGCUGCUGUACUGGAGGCUUGGCAGAGGGAGUUUGUUGAGCUGGCCCAAGAAUCCCUUCCUGCAAAUUCAUCCCAGGCCAUUCAUGCCUUCUCCACUACCACACUCAAUGACAUCAUGAAAUCCUUCUCAGAUGUGAGUGCCAUUCGUGUAGCUGGUGGAUACUUGCUGAUGCUGGCAUAUGCCUGUGUCACCAUGCUGCAUUGGGACUGCUCCAAAUCUCAGGGCGCUGUGGGCCUGGCUGGGGUUCUCUUGGUUGCCCUUUCAGUGGCAGCAGGACUUGGACUCUGUUCCCUCUUAGGAAUCUCAUUCAAUGCAGCUACAACCCAGGUUCUGCCCUUUCUUGCACUGGGUAUUGGCGUGGAUGAUAUGUUCUUGCUGGCUCAUGCCUUCACAGAGACCAGCCAACAUGUGCCUGUCAAGGAACGAACUGGUGAAUGUUUACGGCGUAGUGGGACAAGUGUGGCACUCACCUCUGUCAACAACAUGAUAGCAUUCUUCAUGGCUGCCCUUGUGCCCAUCCCAGCACUACGUGCCUUCUCUCUGCAGGCCGCUGUUGUGGUUGUUUUUAAUUUUGCCAUGGUGAUGUUCAUUUUUCCUGCCAUCCUGAGUCUAGACCUUCACCGACGUGAAAAAAAGAGGCUUGACAUUUUGUGCUGCUUCUACAGCCUCUGCUCCUCCCGUGUCAUCCAGAUCCAGCCACAAGAAUAUGCUGAUGCGAAUGACAACCACACCACGCCUGCAUAUCCCCAUGGUCAUCCAGCAUUGACCACCAGCACACAUAUCACCACUAUGGUGCAGGCCUUCACUCAGUGUGACUCCUCUGGGAGGCAUGUAGUCACCAUCCUACCACCCACACAGCAUGUCUUCACUACCCCUUCCACUCUCCUACCAGCCAAUCCGCUGGGCUCACAGAUCUUCACUCCUGCCAGUUCUACCCGUGAUCUUCUGGCACAGCUAGAUGAGGGCAAAGGUGCCCAGGAGUGUGUGCCAUUGCCUUUCUGCCGAUGGAACCUUUCCAGCUUUGCUCGUGACAAAUAUGCACCCAUCCUGCUGCAGAGCCAAACUAAGGGAAUUGUGGUAGCCCUCUUCCUGGCCUUGCUUGGUCUGAGCCUUUAUGGGACAACUAAGGUUCAUGAUGGGCUGUACCUGACAGAUAUUGUACCACGAGGCACAAAGGAGCAUGCUUUCAUUUCAGCUCAAUUCAAGUACUUCUCCUUUUAUAAUAUGUUUGUGGUGACCAAGGGUGGCUUUGACUACCCCAACUCACAGGAGGCUCUCUAUGGCCUGCAUGAGGCCUUCUCCACUAUCCAGUAUGUAGUGCGUGAUGAGAACCGUCAGUUGCCUAAAAUGUGGCUGCACUAUUUCCAGGAUUGGUUGCAAGGUUUACAGGCAGCUUUUGACCGGGACUGGGAAGCUGGGCAUAUCACCAGGGAGAAUUACCGCAAUGGGUCAGAGGAUGGUGCCCUGGCAUACAAGCUCCUUAUCCAAACAGGCAAUAAGAAGGAACCCUUCAAUCUAAAUCAACUCACAACUCUUCGCCUGGUGGAUGAGAAGGGGAUCAUUCCUCCCAACAUCUUCUAUAUCUGCUUGACAGUCUGGGUGAGCAAUGAUCCCCUUGGCUUUGCUGCCUCCCAAGCCAACUUCUAUCCAUCACCACCAGAGUGGAUCCAUGACAAGUAUGAUGCCACUGGAGAAAAUCUUCGAAUCCCAGCUGCUCAGCCCUUGGAGUUUGCUCAGUUCCCUUUCUACCUCAAUGGAUUGCGGCAGACAUCGGACUUUGUGGCAGCCAUUGAAAGUGUGCGUGCCAUCUGUGAUGAGGUGGCCCAGACACAUGGUGUACUCAGCUACCCCAGUGGCUAUCCUUUCCUCUUCUGGGAGCAAUAUAUUGGCCUGCGCCACUGGCUUUUGCAGGCCAUCAGCAUUGUAUUGGUCUGCACUUUUCUGGUGUGUACUCUGUUGCUACUCAACCCUUGGACUGCUACUAUCAUUGUAUUUGUUCUGGCAAUGAUAACGGUGGAGCUUUUUGGUAUUAUGGGCCUGAUGGGGAUCAAACUGAGUGCCAUCCCUGUAGUCAUCCUCAUUGCUUCUGUGGGCAUUGGCGUGGAAUUUACUGUACAUGUGGCCCUGGGUUUUCUGACAGCCAUUGGCAACCGAAACCUGCGCUCCACUGUGGCCCUAGAGCACAUGUUUGCUCCUGUGAUGGAUGGUGCUGUUUCCACUCUGCUUGGUGUACUUAUGUUAGCUGGUUCGGAAUUCGACUUUAUUCUGAGGUAUUUCUUUGCUGUGCUCACCAUCCUGACAAUUCUGGGCCUGCUCAAUGGUCUAGUGCUGCUGCCUGUCUUGCUGUCUAUCAUUGGGCCACCUGCUGAGGUCACACCAGCAGAUAAUGGCAGCCGCCUGCCAACACCAUCACCUGUCCCACCACCCAUCAGCCACCACAGCUUCUAUGUUUGUCAGCAUGGACAAGCUUUUAGUGACUCCUCAGACUCAGAGUAUUACUCAGAGAGUACUGGUGCAUCAGACGUUGGUGAAGAUGAUCGGAGCACCUACAUUAUCCCCCCAACCCAAUCACACAUUUUGGUCAAGGCCAGCAAAAGCCCCAGCUUUCCCAAAAUCACUGUUGUGAAAAGCUACAAAGGAAGCUCGGAACCACCCCUCUCACACACUGCAGACUGGACCCAAACCACAAUCCCCGGAGGCCACUUGCUGACAACUGCCACAGAGAUCAAGGAUGCUUCACAGCAGCAAGAGCAGCCCAGUCACAGACUAGGGCCUUGGCUGUCUCGGACUGCCCCCGUUCCCCCUCGGACCGACCCCCCUGCUCAUAGCACCAAAGUGCCAACUCUGGGACCUGGUGGCACUUUCACCACAGUUACAGCUACUACUUCAGUGAUGCUGGCCUUGCAUCCACCCCUGCCUGGCUCCUGCCGGGGCUACACACAUGAGGGCUUUGAAUCUGAUAGCCCUGAAGAACCUGUUAUAGACUCGUAUGACAGCUUGGAACUGCAGAACCUAGACCAGAGACACUAAGCUCUUCACGUGGCCAGGCUAAGAUCCUGACUCUAAAACUCCUGCCUCAGGGACAGGAUGUGCCCAGCAUCCCAGCUGGGGGCAGUGGCCCAGAUUGUUCACACUCACCACAGACUGUGAAGUUUGCUGGAUCCACAGAAGUUCUUGCACUGUGACUGACCAACCGUACAUAUAGACAGUGCCUUUGAGAACUGGAGCAAAGGAGGGCAGAUGAGUCUACAAUAACUAUUCAGUGAAAAAGAUGAUGGGAGAAUCUCUCAGCACCUGAUACUCCUCUCUCCCAUGCCUGGUUUCUUGGUUGAAAAGGCUUCUGGCUUCAAAACAACCCUAGUUUGUGUCCUUAUGUUGGACUGGUGGCACAUAUAACAUCGUCCCCACUCACCAACAAACAGGGAAAAUUCCAGUCCCAUCAGAUCUGGAAAUUUAAAGUGACCAUUUUCAGUAUGCUGUGUGAACCAUCUCAAGGUGAUCACCAGAACAGGGUGUCAGAAUUGCCCAAACACCUACCCUCCCAUGGAGAGAAUAGGACUCAAUUUAUGUGUGGGAGAAACUAUCCCACAUUGUGCUGCUAUUCUUUUAUUUUUAUUUUAUUAAUAUUAAUAUUAAUAUUAUUUUAAGCUGUAUAAAAAGAGUCACAAACCCUUUUCCCUAUAAUUAUAAUAAUUAUUUGUUGUUAUUGUCGUAGCUCCCUCAUUAAAGAAAAGUGGCGGUAUCCCUUUAAAGGGAAGCACCAGGGUGAUGUUGUAAUGGGGAGAGCACCCCCUGGGAGUGUGGAGUGGAGGGAGCAUGCAAUGGAGAGGCCGCAAUGUGUCUUAAUGUUCUAUGCAAGCUGAGUGGGACAGGCUGCAUGCACUCUGCUUCCACUCCCACCAGCACGUGUCAGCAUCUGCCAUGUGGCUGUUCUAAAUUCUCUUAAAACCUCUCUACCCUAUCUUACACUUCUCAAACUUUCUUCUGUGCCCUGCUCUUCAUCACCCCAAGACAGUCCAUCAUUCAAGUGUCCCCUGACCAAAAGUAAAAUGCCUCCUGGUGUUUCAACUUCCACUAUCAUUAUUUCCCAAUUAAUAUGAUCAAUGGGCAUAAUUCACAUCUAAUAGAGGAUGAAUUGUGACUGCACUGGGAUUGUUCAGAGCAGAUGAUUUGUCCAUUCAGUUUCUUUGCUCUGGAAUGCCUCCAGAUAGGGCACUUACCCAACACAGGUAGAAAACAGAGCUGUAAUUAAUGGAAGAGCAAUUCAUGGAGGCAUGGGCUUAUCUGUCUCUCCAAUUCCAUCUUUUAAGAAGUGCUUCUUACAAAAUAUUUUGUGUUCCAACUUAGCUGCCUAAGUGUGAAAUGCAUGUGUACUGUAUUGAAUACAAAGGGGAUGUUUUAAAUUGAAAUUUAAAGUGUCUGGAGGGAAUAAUGCUUGAAUAAGAAAGACAGGCAACCCUGUGGUAAAUUCAGCCAUUUACUGCCCUCCUUUGGGGAAUGUAUAAUAGGCCACAGCAUAUUCGCACUGGGAUUGACUGCAUACAUAUCACUUGGGGCCUCUUACUAUGCAGUGUUUUUCCUAUACUGAGAUGAUUUAUGACUUGCAUUCUUGUACUGAAAACUACUCUUGUCACAAUACACAAGCAAUGGUAUCCCAAGUCUGUCCUCCCCAUGGAGGUUACUCCUGUGUAGGAAAUACUUAAUGUAUAAAAUUAUCCCUUAUUUGAUCUGACAGGAAUUUUGAUGUGACAGAAAUCUCUUAAAUCAGGAACCACUUAAAUAAAAAUUCCCAUCUAGUUGUCAGAGCAGAAUGUGUUCAAAAGGAGAAAUUAGAAUUGGGCAAAACUUUUCAUUUUCUAUGAAGAAGUAUGAAUGCUUUAGUUGCUAUUUCUGUAAUCUCUUCAUAGUUCAGCUUCUUUGGCUGAAAAUCUAGAAAUGAGCAGUCACUUAGCAACAGGCUUGGACCUAAAGAACAAUCUCCAUUUUGAUCUGAUAUGCUUGUGUUCCACAGAACUAAGUAAACUGCUUUAUGAAGUAUUUCCAUUUUUUCUUUCAAGUCUGAGAUAGAAAUCUAAAUUUAAAGUGCUGAUUUUAGACAGCUCCAUCCACAAGAGAAUGGCCCAUACCAUGUAUGAAUUUCUUAAAUUUAAAAAAGCAUUUUAAUCCUUCCUUCAGUCUCAUCUAAAGAAAUUGGAUGACAGUGGAAACACAGUUCUCUUUUGGCCAGGAUUGUUUCUAAGAUGCUGUCAAAUUCCUAUGUUAAACUACCCUAUUUUGUUUUAAAGUUAGCAACAAAAUUAUAUGUUCACAUAAUGUGCCAUUUUUUAUAAAUGUGACAUUCUUUCACCUGAUGAUUUUGGUGUCCUGGUGCCAUUUUCUGUGUGAUUACUGUAAGGUGAUAGAAAGGAGGCUUAAAAUUAUUUUUAAAAAUUUAAGCAGGGUUGUCACAAACAAACAAACAGCACUAUAAAUUGUGUGGAGCAGCAGCAGCAUUCAAGAGACCCUUAGAUUAUUGAUAAAUCUCCUAAGGGAAGCCACAAUUUCUUACUCCCACACUCUUGGGACAGUGAUCUGAGAUGGAAACAGUUGCAUUCCACUCUUUCUUCCCAAUUUUCAUGAUUAUAGUCUUUGUUUCUUCAUGAAGUUGAAUCCAUGACUUGUGCAAGCACAAGCAACAGGGCUACAACUGGAAAUAAAAAGCUUCCAUGUGGGGGAGAAUAUGGUCAUUGUUAUCACUUUGAAUUCUUUAUGGUCCCCCAUCUAACAUCCCUCUUAUGAAAAGAUGCAAGGAUUGGUUGCUAGCAAGUUUUUCACCCGAAGCUGCAAAACAUUUUUAGCUAGUCACAAUUACAGUUGAGGCUUCAGGAUACCCCCUUUCCAAGUGCAGUUGUUCAGCAUAAUUUUGCCCAACAAUUAGAUACAAGUAGUCUGUACUGUUAAAGAGUGCUACUGAUGUUUCCAGUGAGUUAACAUUUUAUAGCUUUCUUUUUAGCAUUAGAUAAUACAAGCAGUGCAGUUGUCUUCUAGCUGUUCUUUGCUAGCUGGAUGUUUUUAGUUAAAUUGUGACCUGCCUGAAAAUGAAAUGGUGUGUCCCCUUGGACACAAUGGCUAAUGGGACACAGAUAACCAGAUUAUUUCUUUGAGAGAGAACGCUGAUUCAUUCUGGAAUUCAUUUCCCCAGUGACAUUCUUUUUUUUUCUAAAUCCCUGGCACUUUAAAUCCCCUCCCCCAUCUUUACCCAAGAACUGUUGUUAUGGCAGAUUUCGGAUGGAAAUUUCUAUAGAGAUGUUCACAUUUUGAUUAUAAUGUGAAUCCUUCACUAUUGCUGUGCUUCCGGUUAAAAUGACUUCAUCAGCUUAAUGCUGUCAGAUUUCUGAACUACAGUACAGAUAAAUUUUCUUGUAGAAACUUGCCACAUGACAAGGACUGACCUGGAUUUGCCCUGUUUUCCCACCACGAAACUACUAAAUAUAGCCCUGAAACUACUGUCAAGGCUGGAAUCUAGGGACAGUUGGCACAUCUAUCAUGUUUCUUUACCUCUCUCUUCUUACCCACCAACUGCCUAAAAACAGCUAAGUGCUUCUAGGAAACUCACAAUAGAAAUGGUGCUCCCCUUGCCAAGUCUGGAAUCAGCAAAGCAUGGGGAAAUAGUGGAAAGGGGGCACAUUGUGUGUGCAUGGGUGUAUUUGUGUGCGCGUGUGCAUGUGAGCAUGUAGCGGGUGUGCUGGAGAUCUUUUAACCUGAAAUGUUUUCAUGCCAUAUAAAUUAUUUAUAUGAUAAAGAAAAAAAGAUUUAUUUUUGUAGUUUGUACAGACCUCUAGCCUUGCAA